UCCUCUAGACCUCUACUCUCUGUGUGUGCCCGAGCGAGCGAAGACAGGACACUCAUUAGUCUGCCGACACCCGGACGCACCAUGACCACUGGACCGCAGGGACGCAUCCUCCGCGAGGAGAACAGCCGCACGGCGCUGACGGCGAUGGCCGACGGCGCCGACGAUGACAACACGUCCGGCUCCGACUCGAGCCUCAACAGCGGCAACGGCUCGUGCAGCACGGCGCCGCAAUACUUUGCAGCGGCGCUAGCUACUCUGAGCGCCUUUUCGGCCGGCACCAUCCUAGGCUGGUCGUCGCCGGCGCUACCCAUCCUGGAGGGCGCCGACUCUCCGGUGCCUAUCGACGUCGACCAGGGCUCGUGGCUGGGUUCUCUUCUGACCCUGGGUGCGCUGAUGGGCGCGGCGCCGGCUGGCGCCGUCAGUCAGGUGGUGGGCCGACAGCGGCUGCUGGUCGCGCUGUCUCUGCCGCUGCUGGCCUCGUGGCUGAUGCUCGGCCUCAGCACGAGUGUAGCCGCUCUUUACGUCGGCCGGUUUCUCGGCGGCCUCGCCACCGGCGCCGUCAGCGUCGUCGCCCCCAUCUACUGCGCCGAAAUUGCGGAGCAGAAGUGCCGCGGCGCCCUCGGCACGCUCUUCCAGCUGCAGCUCGUCGUCGGCAUCCUGUUUGCCUACGUGGUUGGCGCCGUGGCGCCGAUCAACUGCUUCGCUUACACGUGCGCCCUUGUACCCGCCCUCUUCAUGGUCACCUUCGUUUGGAUGCCUGAAACUCCCCAAUUCUUGCUCUCAAGGGGUCGCAGAUUUGCUGCGGAACAGUCUCUGCAGUGGCUGCGCGGCGGUGACGGCUGCGACGUGCAGAAGGAGCUUUUGGUGAUGCAGAGCUCCGCGAGUGCCGCUGACGCGUCCUCAAUGAGCGGUGCCUCCUCUCUGGUGCUGGACCCUGCCACGCGGAAGGCGCUCUUUGUCUCGCUGGGCCUGAUGGCACUGCAACAGCUCUCAGGAAUCAACGCCGUUGUCUUCUACUCAGGCUCCAUCUUUGACUCGGCCGGCGGCACCCUGUCACCCAGCGUCGCCAGCAUCGUCAUCGCCACCGUCAUGGUCGCUGCCACCGCCUGCUCCGCGCUGCUCGUCGACAAAGCCGGCCGCCGGCCGCUGCUGCUGCUCUCAGCCGCCCUCAUGGCCGCCUGUCUCGCCGCUCUGGCCGUCUCCUUCUCGUACACCCCCGACCUUACAGCUGAGGAUGCUGUGCGUCCUGACUGGCUCAACUGGCUGCCAGUGCUUAGCGUCGCUGUCUACAUUGUGGCCUUCUCGAUUGGAUUUGGUCCCAUCCCGUGGAUGAUGAUGGGUGAGCUGUUCUCCGACAGCGCCAAGAGUUCUGCCAGCGCCGUGGCCGCGUCGUGCAACUGGGGCCUUGCGUUCGCCGUGACCAAGAGCUUCCAGAGCCUGGUGGACGCCCUGGGAUCGACGGGUGCGUUCGCCUUCUUCGCCGCCGUGUGCGUGGCUGCCAUCUUCUUCACGCUGUUCGUGGUGCCUGAGACCAAGGGCAAGUCUAGCGAGCAGAUUCAGCUCGAGUUGACCCGUCGAAAGCACAGCACCAUCCUCCCCGUGUGAGCGAAGGGCUCGACAGCACACAUGCACACACAACAGACGUGUGUACAGAGGAAGCAAAUAACAAUGAAUGGAAAAUAGAAAAUUAAUGACGGAAUCGGCAUUGAUAAAAUUCCUUGAUACUGUGCCAUAGGGUUGAUUAGGGCUUAUUAUUAAAAAGGAGAGUUCUGAUUUUUUGGUCAAACUCGUAAUUGAUUGCCUCUGUACAUUUUGUCUGUUGAUGGUGUCCGCACCACCACGCAAAAUACUCUUGGCUGUGUUAAAGGACGAGCUGCCCUCGGGAGUUUCGUGUCUUCUAAUUGUACGCAAAUGUGGCAAUGCGCCUUGACCGCCGCAUUCUAAGCAAUAUGUUUGCUCAAAUAUUUGUACUGCAUAGAGAGAGAGAGAGAGAUUCAUGGAUGUGUGAGCUGAGUGCAAGAAUGAAUGUAUUUUUCACUCGUUGAAUGAGAAACAUUAAGUUGCGCAUUUCAUGUAGGCUGGAGAGCUCCUAGCUAAUUAAAAUGUAAUUAAAAAGCGUCCUGUGUUGAUUUGCCAAGGCUUUGUAAAAUUUUACUUUUCAAAUAAAAGUUGUAACUGCCUGAUAUGUUUUAGGCAAAUUUGCUGGCGUUUUUGUGUAACUGUGUUAGGGUAGAAGAUAUAAAUGUGACUAUACAAAACAAAAUAUUAACAUUAAUGUUAAGUUUAUUUUCUGUUUUAAUAAAUGUGAAUAUAUAUAAAAAA